AUGUCAGCCAAACAAGAGUCUCUCACUGAGUGGAUCACCAAGCUCAACGAUACUCUCUUCAUUCAACCGAACGACGAAAUCGCCAUCAAGGCUAUAGAUGAGCAGGUUGAUCCAAGCCUAAUCACCAAUGCAUCUGACCCGUGGCACACCAGAAUUAAUCACAACGUGUACACCUACAACCAGUUCAAAGGAGGUCUGCUGUACGUUCGCGGUUCUACCACAGCGAUUCAAGACGAAUUUUCUGAGAUUCUUACAUGGGAGGAUCCAGAGAAGGGGGAUGGCGUGGUGGCUGUUUUGAGUAAAUGGAGAACCAAGCAUAAGGAAACAGGCGAGGAGGCGAAAAAGACUAAUGUGAUUCUCUGGGAAGUUAAACUGAUUGAUGGGAAGAGGAAGCUUACCGGACAGACUGAAGUGGAGACGUGGCUUACAUUCCCAAAGUAG